AUGGCAUUCAUUUUGCUCACGCUUUCCACGUGGAUUUCCGUGGAAUGUGCACGAUGGGGAGGUCCAUCUGUCGGUGGGACCAGCCCGGCGGUCCGCAACAAACACACGGGCGUGAUGGACAGCGCUGGCAAGUUGUGGAUCUUCGGUGGUUGGGGGUCCGGGAGCGGCUACCUGAACGAUGUGCACUAUUUGGAUACCCAGGAUGGUACUGGCACGCCGACGUGGGUGACUCCGUCUGUCAGUGGCACUAGUCCCACUGCGCGCGAGGCUCACACAUCGGUGAUGGAUGCUAGCGGAAAAAUGUGGGUCUUUGGUGGAACUGAUGGAAGUGCUGUCCUUGAUGAGGUGCAUUCUUUGGACACCCAGGCCGGAACGCCAAUUUGGACAACGCCAUCCGUCAGCGGCACCAGCCCAUCUGCCCGUCAGCGCCACUCAGCAGUGAUGGACGCCAGUGGCAAGAUGUGGGUAUUUGGUGGAUGGGAUGGCAGCGGUUACUUCAACGAUGUCCACUACUUGGACACCCAGGCCGGCACUCCCACAUGGACGACUCCGUCAGUGAGUGGCAACAGCCCAGAAACCCGAAACAGGCACGUCAGUGUCAUGGAUGGCAAUGGAAAGAUGUGGAUAUUUGGUGGCUGGGGGCCUGGGAAUGGCUACUUGAAUGAUGUGCACUACUUGGACACCCAGGCAGCUACACCAACUUGGACGACCCCGUCCAUAAGUGGGACCAGUCCCACUGGUCGAGAGCGAUUCGCAGCGGUGAUGGAUAGCAGUGGAAAGAUAUGGAUCUUUGGUGGUACCGAUGGCAGCAGAGUCGAUGAGUUGUACUGUUUGGACACUCAGGCGACGGGCGCACCAACAUGGAUAGCUCCCCUGGAGAGUGGCAGGGGCCCUUCCAGCCGAUAUUCUCUAUCUGCUGUCUUGGACAGCAGCCGGAGGAUGUGGCUGUUUGGCGGCGGCUUUGGCGGCAGCAGCUACAGCAAUGGUGUGUAUUACUUGGUGGCGGAGGCAGAAAGUACAACGUGGAAGACUCCAGCAGUAAGCAGCGCCAGCCCAAUUGGCCGCUCUGAACACACAGCUGUCAUGGACGCAAGCGGACGGAUGUGGAUAUUCGCUGGCUGGGAUGGUUCCAGUCGCCUCAAUGAUGUCCACUACUUGGACACAAAGUCGGCGCCUGCAGCAUGGACGACUCCAUCUUUAAGUGGCUCCAGCCCUUCCACCCGGGACGCACUCUCAGCAGUGAUGGACGCCAGCCAAAAGAUCUGGAUAUUUGGCGGUGACGAUGGCAGCAGUUUUCUCAACGAUGUGCAUUAUUUGGACACACAGGCGGCCACACCAACAUGGACGACCCCAUCGGUGGCUGGCACCAACCCCACCGCGCGCUAUCGCCACACAGGGGUGAUGGAUGCCAGUGGAAAGAUGUGGAUAUUUGCUGGCAUUGACAGCAGUGGCUACUUGAAUGACGUGCACUACUUGGACACCCAGGCCGGCACACCCACGUGGACGACUCCGUCAGUGAGUGGCACCAGUCCAGAAAUCCGAAACCGGCAUGUCGCCGUCAUGGACGGCAAUGGAAAGAUGUGGAUAUUUGGUGGCUGGGGACCUGGGAAUCUCUACCUCAAUGAUGUCCACUGCUUGGACACGCAGGCUGCCACACCAACGUGGACAACACCGUCACUGAGCGGCACCAGCCCCAGUGGUCGGGAGCAACUCACAGCGCUGAUGGACUGGAGUGGAAAGAUGUGGAUCUUUGGUGGUACCGAUGGCAGUCGUUUCAAUGAGCUGCAUUACUUGGACACCAAGGCUGGCACACCAAUGUGGUCGACUCCCUUGGUAAGUGGCACCAUCCCAUUUGUUCGGCGAGCUCAUUCGGCAGUAUAUGAUGGAAAUGGAAAGAUGUGGAUAUUCGGCGGAAAGACCGACAGCGGCUACGUAAAUGAAGUGUAUUGCAGAGAAGUGUCAACUACAACCACGACGAGUUCAUCGACGACUAGUUCGUCGACGACUAGUUCGUCGACGACUAGUUCAUCGACAAGUACGAGCACCAGCACGACGGCCACAAGCUCCAGCAGCACUUCAUCCAGCACUAGCACAAGCAGCACAAGCAGCAGCGCCAGCACCAGCACUUUAACAAGCGUCACCAAGACAGUCACCACCACAACCAGCGAGACAACCAGCAAAACAGCAAGCACGACCACCACCGUAAGCAGUAGCAGCAGCAGUACCAGCGUCUCAUUUAGCUCAACUACCACGUCAAGCAGAAGCACUUUCACGUCAUCUAGCCUGACUACCAGCACAAGCAGUGCCACAGUGAUUACUAGCAUGAGCAGUACCAUAUCAGCCACAAUGACAACCGGCACAAGCACCGUAUCAGCCACAGCCAGCACCAGAAUAUCAGCAAGUACAACUUCUAGCACAAGCACCACCACCAGCACUACAUCCAUCACGACUAUCACUAUUACCACCACCUGUACUACAACUAACAACGCAACUACUCUUUCCACAGCAGCCAGCAGCAAAGUCAAUUUAGGAACAGAAAGCUAUACUCGGCUGCAAUUGCGAGAAAUGGAAGAGCAACGACAAGAGCAAGCACGACUUGCCGUGUUAAACCUGGACGCAACAGAGUCUGAGGUUGUUCAGCAGGUGCUCUCCAACUUAUCCAAUUCAAAUGACGGAUCCACCCUUGCCUUUCUUCUGGAAGAAACACGGGUGGGACCAACAACCUUUGCAGCUUUCUCUGCAGCCUUCUCAGAAGCGUGGCCCGACUCUUUCACCAUUCCUGCCAUUGGGGGCAUCGUGGAGAUCAGUAGGGAAGUGAUGCAGGAGGUCACAUCAGAGGCUAAAAUCGAUGGACCUGUCCUCGUGUCCAUCACCACCAUCAAUGAAGAGCUCUCCGCAGCCUUCAGGAGUGACGAGGCUCUGGGCCUCCGCGAGACAUACUUUGAGCUCAGAUCCAAGCUGCUCAGCGUGAACUUUUGGAAUGAAGAGGGCAGACGCCUAAAAGUCACCCUGAUGACGCCUAUCACGUUACAGCUUGUGGACGUUGAAGAUGAAAAUGCAACCUGUGCGUUUUGGGAUGCAAGAGCUUCCAGGUGGUCAAAGGAAGGAAUGGAGACUUUGCCAUCAGACCCAACCACACUUCGAUGCAAUGUCUUUCAUUUAACGACCUUCGGAGCCGUUACCAACCGCAUAGCGCGAAACAUUGAGUUGUCCUUCCAGUGCAGCACCUUUGCCUCGCUCAUGGACGAGUCGGCCUUUUCAAAGCUUUCAGAACCCAAAUGGCUUCAGCAUUCAUCUGCAAUUCUGAGCAUUAUUUUCCUGAUCCUCAGCCUCACUGCGAUGUCCAUCGCUGUGUGGGUGGAUUGGAGGUCCAAAGAUAAACUUCCACAGCACCAACGAGAGAUUCUGCUGAUGCGUGUGAACGCUGGAGGUCGCGGCCGAGGUGCUAAAAAGGAGAAAGAUGCAACCGCUGACGACGCACAACAGGAAACGCAGCAGGACAUCCUGGAGCACCCCACGUGGCGCCAAACGUUGCGGGCGGCCUGUGGCAAUUGCAUGGAGUUCCUGGGCCACGCCACAGGCGACAAUGCCAUCGAAGGUGUCAAGGAGCUUUGUGCGAACGCAGAGGCCGCUUCUAUCAACAAAUCGAUUUCCAUGUUGCAGAGUCACAGGAGCGGAGCGUGCCAAAUCACCAUAAAGGUCCUUGAGCAUGACGAGAGCGAGCCGGUGAAGAGAAGUCGCAGCCGCAAAGUGUCGCUGGUCCGCGGAGCUUUGUCGGUCCGGCAGGAGUCCUCCGUCCAACACCAGAUCUCCAAGGCUGAUGUCAUCUAUAUGAAAUCUGCAGAGGUUGGAGCAGGAGCAGCAGAACAAUUCCUUCGCAGCAAUUGCUUUGGCCGCAUUUGCGCUCUUUUCCCUGCGGUCCAUGCCUGGCUAAAGGUUCUUCGCUUCAGCGUAGUGGUCUCUCACUCCGUGCGCGUGAUGUUGAUCGCCAUGAAAAUCAUCAGCGCGGGCGCGCUGGGUGCUCUGUUCUUUUCCACCACUGAGCACACACCUGAGUCAGACCCGGAAUGUGUGGAGCCAACGGAUCCCUUUGACCAGCUGGUGCAAACCGCCACGGUUGGCUUGGGAACCGCAGUCUUGGGGGACGGCAUCAUCCUGGUCUUCUUUUUAGUCCAGAGGCGGAGCGUUGUCGAGCGACGCCGCUGGACUGCUGGGAUGAAGCGCCGGCAGCGCUGUUGUUGGCGCUUCAGGACAAUGGUCUUCUGGAUUUUGGCCAUAUCGUACUUCUGUUAUUGUCAGCUCUACAUUUGGCUCUUUUUGGCCAACGUCUCACAAGAGAGUGCAACAAGUUGGUUCGAGAGCCUUGUGGUGACGUUGGUGCAGGACUUCCUGCUGAAGCCUUUCAUUUUGGCGCUGGUUUUGGGUGCCCUCACCACCCUGAUUCUGUGCUGCCGUCCCAGAUUGAAGAGGCAGGUUUUGCAAAAAUGGAAGCCCAUUGAUGAGCCAUCAGAGUCUGUCAGGGAGGACGAGAGUAACAACGCUUUAGAGGAGGACGAUGGCCGGCCUUGCAAGCCCUCGCUUUGCAUGCAGCACGUUCAAGGGGUUUGAGAGAGCAUCAUGCUCUGGGGGGCUUGGGUGGUAAUUGCCCCCAAGCAGCUGACGGAAGCCUCCUGUGAUCCAGAGUUUAUCUCCACCACUCUCUAUAGGCUCCAUGGUAGAGCCACCUAGAAAAUCCUGUUUUCAAUUAGGCAGCGUUCUUUGACUCCUGAUGCUUUUGCACUGUACAUUGGACUGCAGCAGGAACUCGAACGCUGCAAGGGUUGUUUUUGGGCGCCGUCCAGCCUCAUCCAUUCCUCCCUAGCAGUACUUACUAGUUAGUAGUUGACGCGCCGAUUGGUGCUGACAGCUUUGCUUGCUCUUUUUUUGGCCAGCUGCUCCAC